AUGAGCCUCCACAAAGAGCUCCACCUGACGGAACGUCUCCUCCGAGCCAACAUCCGCGAGGGCCUGAUCCUCCCCAUGGUGGGGCUGCUGGCCCGCCUGUUCCCCGUCCCCGGCCUGGUUCUGAGCUUGACGCUGUCCCAAGUUGUGCUCCUCCUGGUGAAGACAACCGCCUGCUUCGUGUGCCACCUAUACGUAUUCGAACUCAUCAACCAAGUCACUUCGGUGGCCGAAGACGCCGCCAACAAGCCAUAUCGACCCAUCCCGUCGGGUCUGCUCAGCGUGCGUGGUGCCCACCGCCGCUGGGCUAUCAGCUGGGUUCUGUGCCCGCUGGCCGCAGCAUAUAUCUUUGGCAAUGGCGCCGAAUCCGGCUGGCUCUUCGUGGAAUACGAAGCGUGGACUUACUUCUGUUACGUGUGGCCACGCCCCAACAACUGGUUCUUCCGCAACGCCUUCGCCACAGUGGGCACGUACAACAUGUUCCGACUGCUGGACACGGUCAUCCAGAGCACCGUCCCGACAUUCCCUGUGCUCCCGACCCGGGUGAUCCUGGCGCUAGCUGCGUGGGUGAUGGCGACGGUACAGAUGCAGGAAUUCCAAGACGUGGAGGGGGAUCGUGCGACUAACAAGCGCACGCUCGCGGUGAUCGUUGGGCCUCGUGGUGAGCGCAUCUUGCGCGCUGUGACUGCACUGCUGGUGCUCGGCGCCGGGGCGGUUCUGCUAUGCGUCACCUACACGUGUCUAGGGCGCGAUGUGAGUCCGGGGAUGGAUCGAGCGUGGCUGCUCUCGGGGAUGGGAUUGACCAGUGCGCUGUAUACGCUCUUUGCUGGGGUGGUGGGGGUUCGGCUGCAUCUGGAUGGGGGGAUCGCGUUUGAUCGCAAGACGUACAAGCGAUUCUAUAUGCUGGCGGCAUAUAUGAUGGUGGGAUAUUUGUCAUUCUGGAAUACGUGGGCGCGCCGGGUUGAGUGGUAA